UGAUUUCUUCGGACAUUAGCAUGAUUAGCACAGCCACAAACAUUUCUCUAUUGUUCAUGUUGUACAUCGCUUGUUGAUGACAGUAUUUUGAAAGGACAGAUGAUGGAGACCCACCAGGUGGUAGACACAGGGUAUUAUGCGGACUCGGUGGAGUGGUGCCCCCACACUGGUUACCAUGACGUCCUACUGUGUGGGACCUACCAGCUGGAGGAGAGCCCAAAAGAGCAGGAACAGAACACGGAGGAAACAAGGGCAAAGCCCCAGACCAGACACGGAGAUGUGCAGGUUUACAAACUGAGCCAAGAUAAUGGAUCCUACUCUCUCACAAAGACCGCUGUCCAUGAAAUGCCAGGUGUCCUUGACAUUAAAUGGAGCCCAGACUUGGUCAAUGGUUCUCCUGUCUUUGGAUUGGUCAACUCAGUGGGUGUGGCUGAACUGUAUUUGGUGACAAAUAGUGAGGAGACAGAUGUAGGUUCUACAGAGGUCAAGGUCACCAAACUAACGGAGGUCAGUCUAGGAGAGGAAGUACUUGGCCUAUCUCUUGAUUGGUCAAAUAGAGUCAGUAAAAGCAACGCCCCGAUGUUGACCACUUCCUCAUCCGAUGGUUGUGUACAAGUUCACCAGCUGACAUCAGGGGACCUUACUCCUGUUUCCUCCUGGAAGGCCCAUGAUUACGAGGCCUGGAUCACAGCUUUCAAUUACUGGGACACCAAUGUUGUUUACACAGGUGGUGAUGAUUGUCGACUGAAGGGCUGGGAUAUAAGACAGAAGACUUCCUCACCAAUAUUCUCCAGUAAAAGACAUGAGAUGGGCGUGUGCAGUAUUCAGUCUUGUCCAAUCAGAGAUCAUCUUCUUUGUACAGGGAGCUAUGACGAGCACCUCCUUGUGUGGGACAGCAGACAGAUGAAGCAUCCUCUGGCAGACACACAGUUAGGUGGGGGCAUCUGGAGGGUCAAGUGGCACCCUGGUCACGCACAGCUUCUUCUGACGGCCACAAUGUACAAUGGUUACCAUGUGGUGGACACUGAACAUAUCUCGGAUGGAAAGAUGGAUGUAUUACAUCACUAUGACAGAGAUAUUUCCCUUGGUUACGGUGCUGAUUGGUGUCAUAACAACGCCUACAACAACCUUGUAGCAACGUGUUCAUUUUAUAAUCAUUCCAUACAAUUAUGGAAUUUUACAAUAAAAAAUCAGGAUAUUGGAUAAAUAGACCUGACGUUGAAAAAAUAA